AUGAAUUAAACAUUGCUAACCCUACAAAAUCCGCCUAAAAAGAUUUGUGUCAGAUGUAAUUAAGAAAUUGAUGGAAUUAUUUGUUGGAAGGUUUUUAAAUGGGCAGCAAUUAGAUUUAGUAUUUUAACAGUUAUCUGUAUCCCAGGUCUAUUUUUUUUGCAAUAUGAAAUUGGUAUAAUAUGGGCAUCUGGAAUAGGAAUUUGGGCAUUAUUUUUUUUCUUGGUUAUGUUAUGUUCAUGUCAUUCACAAACACCAGGACCUGGAUUGGAAAGGGAAUUAAGGGAAUAAAGAGAGAUAUAAGAAAUGAUGUGGGAAAAAUAGGAGAAAGAAUUCGAAAAAAGACAAAAAAAGAUCAAUAAAGAAAAUAAUAUAUAAUGGAAUGAUUGA